GGACACGCGGGUGGUGGUGCCGCCGGCCGGGGAGGAAAAGCAAGGCUGCGACUCGCGUCCUUAUACUCAGUGGCGCUGAGUGCCGCGGGCCCCGAGGAAGAUGAGGUGCCACUACGAAGUGCUGGCGGUGAAACGCGACGCCUCCGACGACGAGCUGAAGCGAGCCUACCGGCGGUUGGCGCUACGGUGGCAUCCAGACAAGAACCUAGAGAACGCCGACGAAGCAGCAGAGCAGUUCAAGCUGAUCCAAGCUGCGUAUGAUGUGCUGAGCGAUCCUCAAGAGAGAGCAUGGUAUGACAAUCACCGGGAAGCUCUGCUGAAAGGAGGGGUCGACGGAGAGUAUCAAGACGACAGCCUGGAUCUUCUCCACUACUUCACAGUCACCUGUUACUCUGGCUAUGGAGACGAUGGAAAGGGAUUCUACGCGGUGUAUCGGCACGUCUUUGAAAUGAUUGCGAAGGAAGAAAUGGAAGCCAUGCCAGAGGAGGAUGGCGAAGAAUUUCCAACUUUUGGAGACUCUCAGAGUGACUACGACACCGUAGUCCACUGCUUUUAUGCCUGCUGGCAGAGCUUCUGCACUCGGAAGAAUUUUGCUUGGAAAGAAGAGUACGACACACGGCAGGCCUCGAACCGCUGGGAGAAACGGGCGAUGGAAAAGGAGAACAAGAAAACCCGGGACAAAGCGCGGAAGGAACGGAACGAGAUGGUCCGCGAACUGGUGGCCUUCAUCCGGAAGAGGGACAAGCGUGUGCAGGCCCACCGGAAGCUCCUGGAAGAGCAGAACGCCGAGAAAGCAAAGAAGGCGGAAGAACUCCGGAGGCAGCAAAAGCUGAAACAAGCCAAGCUGGCCGAGCAGUACAAGGAGCAGAGCUGGAUCACCAUGUCCGACCUGGAGCGAGAGCUGCAGCAGAUGGAAGCACAGUACGAGAAGGAGUUUGGCGACGGAUCCGACGUCGAAGAGGGCGCGGAGGAACAAGAGUUGAAAGAAAGGCCAGAUGAUAAAUUAAGUGAAGAGGGCGGCGAUGCUGACUUUUAUGAUGAUCUCUAUUGCCCUGCUUGUGAUAAAUCCUUUAAGACCGAGAAAGCCAUGAAGAACCACGAAAAAUCCAAGAAGCACCGAGAGUUGGUCGCCCUGUUACGGCAACAGCUACAGGAAGAGGAGGAGGAAUUUUCUCUCGCUGCGGUUGACGCGAAUGAAUUGGAUACUAAAGAGGAAGAGGAGGCAGAAGAAAUGCCCAAACAAAAGCUCUCCAAGAAACAGAAGAAGAAACAAAAAACAGUGGUGGCACAGGAAGACUCUUUCCAUGACGGAAGUACAGGGCAGCAAGUUGACGAGACAAGACAGGCUGGCAGUGACCAACAGGACGGUGCGACUCAAGAACCAGACGACGUCAGCAAAAGCCCCAGUCCAGAAGAUGCAGGUGCUGGAGAAACUGUAGAACCCACCGUGGAAUCCAAAAUAGAGGCGAAAAGCAAUCCUAAAGCUAAGGGGAAGAAAACGAAAGAUCCAAAGAAAACCUCUGCGAAAGGUUCUUCAGAGCAUCAAACCACGCAAGAAGCCCCGCUCCAGUGCGUUACCUGUAAUUGUGAAUUUCAGUCACGGAAUAAACUCUUUGAACACUUGAAAGCUACGGGUCACGCGAAAGCAGUGCAAGCACCAGCCAUUAACGGCCCCGUGAACAGCAGCAGCAGAAGUAAAAAAGAAAAACGAAGGAACAGAUAGGACUUGUGGAACGUGCGAGAGAACGGCCGGGCGUGAGUGGCUGAGAAAGGUCCCCCGCUCUCCCAAAGAGACACAGGAUUUGGACCAUGAAUUAAGCUGCGAUGGGAACUCCUGGGUCCAGCAACAGUCGCCACUGUGGCAAAGCGUUUAAAAGUUGUACACUACCGGAUAUUCAUGUGUGUGUGUGUGUAUUUUAUUUUAUU